AUGGAUUUAUAUAUUAAACUGGGUCUGCUUCUGGUUAUGUCAAUUGCUGUAGAUGCAUCAGAUGUAUCGGACUACAUUCCACAGAUUGCACAAAACAUAACAACCAAUAUAACAGAUAGAACAUUUGUGCUGGUCCAACCAAACUGCAUUUUUAAUCAGUACACCACAACUAAUGUGUGGGUGGUAAUAGCACUGAAUAAAUCAUUUUCUAACCUAAAAGAUUCAGACUUUAGUACCCCUGUUCCAUAUUCUUCAUUCAAAAAUGGCCUUUAUGAUUACUACCAUACCCUUCUUGUAUCUGGUGGAAAAUAUCCAUGUUCAACUGGUGAUUCAGCCUCCAAUAAAGUGAUCCUCAUUGGUUCUGAGACAUGCAAAGACAAUACGUUCUGCAAUGGUGUAUUAAGUAAUAACCAAACCUACAGAGUGAAAUUUAUUCUGCUAAAUAGCACUGGGAUAUUUGACAAAACACAAUGGUCAAGUGAAAUUAUCCUACAAAAAGACAAGUCACUUCUAGGGCUCAAUGUUCUGCCUUCAGGUAGAAGUGGGGGAAUGAUUGUCCUAACUUCCAUUCUCAGCGUCUUACUGGCUAUUUUGCUGGUUUCUGUCAUUGCUGCACUAGCUUUGGGAAGCCGGGAUAUCUGCUGGAAACGGUCAGUGUACAAUGAAAAGAGUGUAUCCAGCAAAAUGGAUUUUAUGACUCAUUCCACAUACAGAUCACGAUAUGACCAUAUGUAUUUAGUAUCUUGAAAAGAAAAAGUAAAAAAACAUGUAUAUACUUCUUUGACAUCAAAUACUUCCAUCAAUACUGUCCAGAAAAUCUUGCACAGUUAAAAAAAAAAGGGGGUUCUGUUGUUUUCUGCUUUUUCUUCGUCAUUUUCCCAUUUUUGGGGUCAACUUCUCUGCUGCUUGAUGAAAGAUACAUAUUUAAUUACUUUAUUUUUAUUUCUAUAAAUUGAUAUUACAAAAUGGGUAAGCAUGAUAUAUUCAAUUAACACUACUCCUAUUUUAAAAAAAAUUACGGUAUGUUAAACUAAGUAAUGUAAUCAAUAUAAAUUUCUUAGGAGGCCAUGAUUAGUGGGGUGGGCUGAUUAGAUUGAAUCUGACAUACAUAGUGUUCUAUAUAUCUCUGUUUGCUUAAGAACAUUUCUCUGUAAAAUCAAAAAUAUUAGUCCCUAUAGAUGUCAUGUGCUGUAGUUAAAGUUCUGUUCAUCUACCUGUAAAUUAUAUCUGUUUUUG